GGUGUUGCCGGACGGUGGAGGGAGGCGGUGGUGGCGGAGGUGGUGGCGGAGGUGGUGGCGGAAGAGGUUCGACGGCCGAUGGCGGCUCCGGAUUGGAAAGUUGUUUGACGUCCCUCUCGUCCCGCACUGGAUUCACAAUGACAUCAUUUCAAGAAGUUCCACUGCAGACUUCCAACUUUGCCCAUGUCAUCUUUCAAAAUGUGGCCAAGAGUUAUCUUCCUAAUGCACACUUAGAAUGUCAUUACACCUUAACUCCUUACAUCUAUCCACAUCCGAAAGACUGGGUUGGUAUAUUCAAGGUUGGAUGGAGUACUGCUCGUGAUUAUUACACAUUUUUAUGGUCUCCUAUGCCUGAAAAUUAUGUAGAAGGAUCUACAGUCAAUUGUGUACUAGCAUUUCAAGGAUAUUAUCUUCCAAAUGAUGAUGGAGAAUUUUAUCAGUUCUGUUAUGUUACCCAUAAGGGUGAAAUUCGUGGAGCUAGUACACCAUUCCAAUUUCGAGCUUCUUCUCCAGUUGAAGAACUGCUUACUAUGGAAGAUGAAGGAAAUUCUGACAUGUUGGUCGUGACCACAAAAGCUGGCCUUCUUGAGUUGAAAAUUGAGAAAACCCUGAAAGAAAAGGAGGAAUUAUUAAAAUUAAUUGCUGUUCUGGAAAAAGAUACAACACAACUUCGAGAACAAGUUGGAAGAAUGGAACAAGAGCUUAACCAAGAGAAAGAAAGAUGUGAGCAUCUGCAAGCAGAGCAAAAGGGUCUUAUUGAAGAAUCACAAAGCUUAAAAAUGGAAAAUGAAGAGUUUAAGAAGAGAUACAGUGAUGCUACAUCUAAAGCACUCCAGCUUGAAGAAGAUAUUAUGUCAGUCACACAUAAAGCAAUUGAAAAGGAAACUGAAUUAGACAGUUUAAAGGACAAACUCAGGAAGGCACAAUAUGAAAGAGAGCAACUUGAAGGUCAGUUGAAGACAGAAAAGGAUGAGAAGGAACUAUAUAAGGUGCACUUGAAGAAUACAGAAAUAGAAAAUACAAAGCUUGUGUCAGAGGUUCAGACUUUAAAGAAUUUAGAUGGAAACAAAGAAAGCAUGAUUACUCAUUUCAAGGAAGAGGUUGGAAGACUGCAGUCGUGUUUGGCUGAAAAGGAAAAUCUGCAAAGGGCUUUCUUGCUUACAACCUCAAAUAAAGAAGAUGCAUUUGUUUUAAAGGAGCAACUUCGCAAAGCAGAGGAACAGGUUCAGGCAACUCGACAAGAAGUUGUCUUUCUUUCUAAAGAACUUAGUGAUGCUGUAAAUGUGCGAGAUAAAACAAUGGCAGAUUUACACACUGUGCGCCUGGAAAAUGAGAAAGUGAAAAAGCAAUUAGCUGAUGCACUAGCAGAACUUAAACUAAGUGCUGUUAAGAAAGAACAGGAGAGAAAUGGUACACUGGAACAUGAACUACGAAGAGAAGUUGAAGAUCUGAAACUCCGUCUUCAAAUGGCUGCAGAUCAUUAUAAAGAAAAAUUUAAGGAAUGCCAGAGGCUCCAGAAACAUAUAAACAGACUUUCAGAUCAGUCAGCCAAUAAUAACAAUACUGUCUUCAUAAAGAAGAUUGGUAAUCAGCAGAAAGUGAAUGAUGCUUCAAUAAACACCGACCCAGCCACAUCUUCAUCUGCUACAGAUGUAAAGCAACCACUACAUUCUGCCGCAGAGAAAGAUUUUGACAUGCUAACGAAGGGUCAAGUCUGUGAAAUGACCAAAGAAAUUGCUGACAAAACAGAAAAGUAUAAUAAAUGCAAACAACUAUUGCAGGAUGAGAAAACCAAAUGCAGUAAAUAUGCUGAUGAACUUGCAGUAAUGGAGCUGAAAUGGAAAGAACAAGUGAAAGUUGCUGAAAAUGUAAAACUUGAACUAACUGAAGUAGAGGAUAAUUAUAAACUUCAGUUGGCAGAGAAAGACAAAGAAAUAAACAAUCUGACUUCAUAUUUGGAAAACCUCUCUCGAGAGAAGGAGCUCAAAAGGAGUUUAGAAAAUCAAAUAGAAAGGAGCACGGAAGGUCAGAGCCCCCAGCAAAUCUCACAAUGUCUCAGCACAUGCUCAGAGCAUAAUGGACAUAUUCCUGUUCUCCUGAAUGCUCAGCCAGUUCUGCAGUAUGGUAACCCUUACACAACCCAGGAAAUAAGAGAUGGAGCAGAUGGUGCUUUUUACCCGGAUGAAAUCCAAAGGCCACCUGUGAGAGUCCCUUCUUGGGAAGACAAUGUUGUCUGCAGUCAGCCUGCUAGAAAUCUUAGUCGGCCUGAUGGUUUAGAAGACCCUGAGGAUAGCAAAGAAGAUGAAAAUGUGUCCACUGCUCCCAAUCCACCAACUCAGCAUUUACAUGGGCAUGGCUUUUGCUUUGACUCCAGCUUUGAUGUUCACAAGAAGUGUCCCCUCUGUGAAUUAAUGUUCCCUCCCAACUACGAUCAGAGCAAAUUUGAAGAGCAUGUUGAAAGUCACUGGAAGGUGUGCCCAAUGUGCAGUGAGCAGUUCCCUCCUGACUACGACCAGCAGGGGUUUGAAAGGCAUGUUCAGACCCAUUUUGAUCAAAAUGUUCUAAACUUUGAUUAGUUACUUUUUAUUAUGAGUUAAUACAGUUUAAAAAAAAAUCAUCUUAAGUAGACCACUAAGGAGACCACAGGUUUUUCCUGCACACUCUUUUGCACAUUCUUCUGUCCACAAACUACUUUUAGUUUGGUGUUAUUAAGGUUAAGGUCAGCCUAUAACUUCUCAAUAAAUACAAUUUUAACCUCUUAAUCUUAACCUGCUGUAAGAAAAGAAGUUCUUGUGUGUUUAUAUAUUUAUUUCCUAAUUUGCAAAAUUGUAUGGAAAAAAGGAUAGAGGAAUUAUUUUAAUGUUAUUGCAUUAAAAAAUAUAUCCAUAAUAGUGUACUACAUUACUUAGCAGAAUAUUUACUGUUGACCUUGUUGAUUGAGCAUGACUACUGAAUAUUAUGUAAUAAAAAGCAUUGAUCAUAACAGUUCUGCGAAUUCUUUAAAUAAAGGUCUGUAAUUUUGCCCAUGAAAUGAUGGGGCUUUAGUCUUACUUAGAAAUGACUUACAUGUAGAAUGAGAUCACAUGCUUGCAAAUAUUCUUUUUGUAUAUGAAACAUUGGCAUUAGGAAAUACUAGAAUGCCUAUUUUGCUAAUUUUAUGAUAAAAAUUUUAGGAUGGAUUAUUUUUAAACUAUAUUGAAUUUGUAUUUACAAUGAGAAUUGGAACAAGAUAGGUCAGUACAGUUUGUUUCCUAUUAAAUGAACUCGUAACUUGUGUUUGUGGUAUAAAAAUCACAGAAUAUCAUUUUCAUGCUGAGAAUAUAAAUUUGAAAUAACAUUCUUGAUAAUUAAAAAUGUAAUGCAUAAACCCAAAUCACAUAAUGUAUUUCUUGAGUUAUGUCUGUGCUGUGUAGUAUUAACAUUAAAGAGGAUGCAUACUUAGAGGUGUGUAA